AUGGCAUCGGCAAGCAAUAAAGAAAUGGUGAAACAAAGCCAAUCAAUUUUGGAAAAAGUGAUAUUAAAAGAAUCUCAGACUACAAUGCAGAGAGUGAAGGAAAAGGCAACCAAUGCAUACCUGUACAUCGUAUAUGUUGUGUCAAUGAUUGUAAUGGGAGGUAUGGCAUAUUUGUUGUAUGAGGAAAUACUCGCACCUGGAGCACCGCAAACAGUGUUUUCAAAGGCAUUAUCCUUAAUCAGGAAGGAUCCGAAUUGUCUUAGAUUAUUAGGUGACUCAAUUAUGGGAUAUGUGGAAGGACCUGGACGAAUGAAACAAGUUGAGCAUCACAUUUAUAAAAAAGAUGGAAAUGAUAGGACACGCGUGAUAUUCAACGUAAAAGGCACUCGACGCGAAGGUAUUGCAACAUGCGAAAUGGAAAAGAGCGACGGAAUGUGGAAGUGGCGUUUUCUUAUCGUUUUAUCUACUGAUCUUGUUCCAGAGUGUGUCGUUCUAAUAGAUAAUCGUUGA